CCAUCAAUCCCUGUAACCAUAUUUGCACAACCUUACAAACAGCCCCAUCAAAGUGAGCAUCUUGUCCAACAUGGAGAGGAACAGCUGGCUCUUCUUGGCUUUUGUCCUGCUGCAGGUACUACGAAGAGAAGCUGCCAUCAGUGUGGGUGGUGGUGGUGUUGGUGUUGGUGUUGGUGUUGGAGUCAGUAUUGGCAAUGCUGGUGGUGGUGGUGGCGGAGGAGGAGGAGGAGGGGUUUGGGUUGCUGGGGGAGUUAAUGUUCCAGCUCCAUCUUGGUCUUCCAGAUCAGACAUCAGCAGUGCUUACUCUGCUCUGCAGGCAUGGAAGUCUGCAAUUACAGAGGACCCAUUGGGGAUUUUGAAGACAUGGGUUGGUUCUGAUGUGUGCUCUUACAAAGGGGUUUUUUGUGAAGAUGCUCAAGAUGAAAUGGGUCCGUUUGUUUCCGGCAUAGAUCUCAACCAUGCAAAUCUCCAAGGAACUCUUGUCAAGGAACUGUCUCUGCUCACGGACAUGUCUCUUCUCCACCUCAACAGCAACAGGUUUUCCGGCACACUGCCAGACACUUUCAAAGACCUCUCUGCACUCCAAGAGUUAGACCUCAGUAACAACCAGCUCUCCGGUCCUUUUCCGUUAGUAACCUUGUACAUUCCGAAUCUCGUUUAUUUGGACCUCAGGUUCAACAGUUUCUCCGGACCUCUACCGGAGGAUCUCUUCAACAAGAAACUCGAUGCCAUUUUUCUCAACAACAACCAGUUUGGAGGCCAAAUCCCUGACAAUCUGGCUAAUUCUCCGGCUUCCGUGAUCAAUCUGGCCAACAACAAGUUCACCGGAAACAUUCCCGUUAGUCUCGGCUUCAUGAGUUCAAAGCUGAAGGAAAUUCUGUUUCUGAACAACCAAUUAACAGGAUGCAUUCCAGAAGGGGUCGGGUUGUUCACCGAGAUGCAGGUUUUUGAUGUGAGCCACAACUCGCUCAGGGGUCAUUUGCCAGACACUAUUUCUUGCCUGAACGAUAUCGAGGUUCUCAAUUUAGCACACAACCAGUUAUCUGGGGUCCUGCCGGACAUGGUCUGUUCUCUGAGGAGUUUAAUGAAUUUGACGGUGGCCUACAAUUUCUUUUCUGGGUUUAGCCAGGAAUGCACGAAGCUAUACUUCAGAGAUGUGGGGUUUGAUUUUUCGUCAAAUUGCAUCCCCGGAAGAGACAUGCAGAGACCCCAGCCGGAGUGCUCUGGAAUUCCCGGCAGUGGAUUGAAUUGCCUGAGAAUCCCUGUUACUCAGCCUCUUGUUUGUGGGGCUUUAAUUGGGAACAUGGAGGCUAAUCUAAGCCUAUCAUCUCCAUGAGAGAAGCUCAUUACAGUGAAGGUCAGUAGUGUAUCACAGUUGGAAAUGGUUGUCACAUUUACUAAUAGCAAUUAUGAGUAAAGAGUUUCCAGAGUCUUUCUUUUUGGGUCCAUUAUGUCUUUCAAAGGACAAGAUACCAACCAGGGCAAUGAAGAAAGAGGUUAUGAGCCUAUCUACCAUUUUAAAUACUACUAAAUCAUUAAAAAGAUAAUUAUUUGCAAUUUGCUUAGCUAUGUGAUCCUAGACUUGAGCCCUCUUUAGCCUAACUUAAAAUGUAUGCGUGUAGAGAUGCUCCUUAAGAAAACAUUUUUCAAGAA